AUGAAUGACGACAUGAUCCUUGUCCUUCAGGAGAACGAAGUUGCUGAGACAGCGUCCUCCUUCAGCCGCCAGACAGCGGAAUGCCUGUGGAAGGACGAUGAGGUGCUUGAGUAUGUGAAUCAGCUGCUAUUGGACACCAUCAACACAAAUACGAUCGUUUACUGUGCCGCUACAUGGUUCGUCGAUAUCCCUGCGCGUGAUGAUACUGCGGAGGCCGUCGAGCGUAUGCUGUGCGAGCGUGUCUUCGCCAACGCCAAUGUGCAUGCAGAGGCGCUCAACUUCUGCAAGGGCGUGACUUCGCAGUUCCUGAGCGCGGAGUCGACGAAGCGCGAGUCGGUCGCAUUCAUCAAGUCCGUGCUGGACCGCCCGUCGCUACAUGCCCACCUGUCGCACGCGCUCAUCGAGGUACUGAAGCAGAGCUUCUACCCGCGCUGGUUUGUGGGGCAGGGAAAUUUCCAGUUAAAACGCUUUGACAGUGGCGUCGAAGGUGACGGAGUCUCGUCACCUAAGGAAUCGAUGCCUCGCUUUAUAUAG